CGUGUGUGUGGGUGUGUGUGUGCUGGAGCGGGGCAGCUGGCGCUCUCAGCUCUCUGCUCGGUUCUCACUGCUGGAAAUGGCGAUCCGGGCUGGCCAGCUCUGUUCUCCGCGUCUCCUGCUGGCGCUUUUCGCGCUUAUCGCCUGCGGACCGGAGUCUGCGCUUUGCUGUCCGAGCCGCUGCUUGUGUUUCCGAACCACGGUGAGAUGUAUGCAUUUGAACCUGGAAACCGUGCCGGCUGUGUCUCCGCAGACAACCAUUCUGGACCUGAGAUUCAACAAAAUCAAGGAUUUACAACCAGGUUCCUUCAGGCGAUUAACGAACCUCAACACACUUCUCCUCAACAACAAUCAUAUACGAAGGAUUCCCAGGGGAGCGUUUGAAGACCUAGAAAACCUCAAGUAUCUCUAUUUGUACAAGAAUGAAAUCCAAUCAAUUGACAGACAAGCAUUUAAGGGCCUUGUCUCUCUUGAGCAACUCUACCUGCACUUCAACAGCAUCGAUUCUUUGGAACCGGAAUCCUUCAGCCAUCUGCCGAAGUUGGAACGACUGUUUUUGCACAAUAACAGAAUAACACAGCUCAUCCCAGGAACCUUCGCUCAUCUGCAGUCCAUGAAACGAUUGCGGUUGGACUCUAACGCUUUAAGUUGUGACUGUGAGCUGCUGUGGCUGGCCGACCUACUGAAGCAGUACGCCGAGUCAGGAAAUGCCCAGGCUGCUGCCACCUGCGAGCAUCCCAGUCGACUACAGGGCCGAUCGGUGGCCACCCUCACUGCUGAGGAGCUCAAUUGUGAGGUACCAAGGAUUACCUCAGAGCCCCGGGAUGUCGAUGUUACAUCAGGAAACACUGUUUACUUCACCUGUAGGGCUGAGGGAAACCCCAAACCUCAGAUUAUUUGGCUCAGGAACAACAAUGCUUUAAAUAUGCGAGAUGACAAUCGUCUGAACCUCCUGGAAGAUGGGACACUGAUGAUUCAAGACACCAGAGAGACUGACCAGGGAGUUUACCAAUGCAUGGCCAAGAAUGUAGCUGGGGAAGUCAAGACUUCAGAGGUCACUCUUCGAUACUUUGGAGCCCCCUCCCGGCCAAGUUUUGUCAUUCAACCCCAGAACACGGAGGUGCUGGUGGGUGAGAGCGUGACCCUGGAAUGCAGCGCCACUGGUCAGCCACAGCCAAGAGUCACAUGGACGAAGGGUGACCGCACGCCAUUGCCUAGUGACACUCGCAUCAACAUCACUCCAUCUGGGGGGCUUUACAUCCAGAAUGUUGUCCGAGAAGAUGGAGGACAAUACACAUGCUUCGCCUCCAAUAAUGUGGAUACCAUACAUGCUACAGCACGCAUCAUUGUCCAAGCAACUCCCCAGUUUACCGUCACACCACAGGACCAGUCAGUUUUGGAGGGUGACACCGUGGAUAUUCCCUGCGAGGCGAGCGGUUACCCAGAGCCAGUGAUUGUCUGGACUCGAGGUGGAAAUUUACUACCUUCUGACCGACGACAUGCAAUUCUGCCUGCUGGUACCCUCCAUAUAACUCGUGUUGCGACCCAUGACGAAGGCCAGUACGAGUGUGAGGCAGUGAGUCCAGUGGGGACAGUGCGCGCAACUGUGCAGCUCAACAUUGAGCAAAGAGCGACCCCCCAGUUCACCAUAACGCCACAGGACCAGUCAGUCUUGGAGGGUAAUACGGUGGAUUUCCCCUGUGUGGCAAGCGGUUAUCCAACACCACUGAUCAUAUGGACUCGAGGUGGAAGUCCUCUUCCCUCAGACCGCCGCCACGUCAUCCUGGCCUCCGGUACGCUCCGCAUCACUCGGGUUGCUGCACACGAUGAGGGCCAGUAUGAAUGUGAGGCGGUGAGCACGGUGGGAACAGUCCGCACCACUGUGCAGCUUAGCAUCGAGCAAAGAGUAACGCCUGUUUUCACAAAUGCUCCAAGGGACCUGACUGUGGAGUCUGGUCAGGAUGUGCAGAUUUCCUGCAGUGCUCGGGGCCAGCCGCGCCCGGUCCUCACCUGGAACAAGGAUGGUGUUCAGAUAACAGAGAGCGGCAAGUUCCACAUCAGUGAAGAAGGUUACCUCGAGGUGAAAGAUGUUGGCACUGCAGAUGCUGGACGCUAUGAAUGUGUUGCCCGGAACCCCAUUGGAUACCAGGCUGCUCGAAUGGUGCUUACAGUCACAGUGCCUGCUAUCAGCCGAGAGGGAGACACAUUUGUGAGCACAUCCAUAGAGCAGGCCAUCCGUACUGUGGACAGUGCAAUUGAGUCCACAAGGAGACGUCUCUUUGACGGUCAGCCUCGUACUCCAGGAGAGCUGCUCGCUCUUUUCCGAUAUCCACGUGAUCCCUACACGGUGGAGCAGGCUCGUGCCGGGGAGAUUUUUGAGCAGACUCUUCUGCUCAUCCAAAACCACGUCAACCAGGGUCUCAUGGUGGACACCAACGGUACCGCAUUUCGUUACAAUGAUCUGGUAUCACCCCGGUUUCUGGAAAUGAUUGCUAAUCUCUCUGGCUGCACAGCCCAUCGCCGCAACAACAACUGCUCAGACAUUUGCUUCCACCAGAAGUACCGUAGCCAUGAUGGGACCUGCAACAACCUGCAACACCCCAUGUGGGGUGCCUCACUCACUGCGUUUGAACGUCUCCUGAAGCCAGUUUACGACAAUGGCUUCAACCUCCCCAGAGGAACCACAGACAGGGUUCAUAAUGGUUAUCGACUGCCCCUGCCUAGGCUGGUGUCCACCACAAUGAUUGGAACAGAGACCAUCACUCCUGAUAAUCGCUACACUCACAUGCUGAUGCAGUGGGGUCAGUUCCUGGACCACGACUUGGACUCCACAGUAGUGGCCCUGAGUCAGGCUCGGUUUUCUGAUGGCCAGCUGUGUGCUCAGGUCUGCACGAAUGACCCGCCGUGCUUUCCAAUCCAGUUCCCACCCAAUGACCAGCGGCAGCUGCGAAGCGGUGCUCGCUGCAUGUUCUUUGUCCGUUCCAGCCCAGUGUGCGGUAGCGGGAUGACAUCUCUGCUCAUGAAUAGUGUUUAUCCCAGAGAACAGAUCAACCAAAUCACCUCCUACAUUGACGCCUCCAAUGUCUAUGGCAGCUCACGACAUGAAUCAGAGCAGAUUCGUGACAUGGCCAGCCACAGGGGGCUUCUUCGUCAAGGCAUCAUACAACGAACAGGGAAGGCACUUCUUCCAUUUGCCACAGGACCGCCUACUGAGUGCAUGAGGGAUGAGAACGAGAGUCCAAUCCCUUGCUUCUUGGCUGGAGAUCACCGUGCCAAUGAACAACUUGCCUUGACUUCUAUGCACACUGUGUGGUUAAGGGAGCACAACCGCAUCGCUACAGAACUGCUAAGACUGAAUCCCCACUGGGACGGCGACACCAUCUACCAUGAGACCAGAAAAAUAGUGGGGGCUCAGAUGCAACACAUCACCUACAAUCACUGGUUACCAAAGAUACUCGGUGAAGCAGGCAUGAGGAUUUUAGGGCCGUACACCGGUUAUGACCCCAAUGUUAACGCUGGCAUCUUCAAUUCUUUCGCCACAGCAGCUUUCCGCUUUGGACAUACCCUCAUCAACCCAAUACUCUACAGGUUAAAUGAGCACUUCGAACCUAUCACCCAGGGUCACAUAUCACUGCACCGGGCCUUCUUCUCUCCUUUCCGCAUCGUGAAUGAGGGAGGCAUCGACCCGCUCCUUCGUGGACUGUUUGGUGUUGCUGGCAAGAUGCGUGUUUCCACCCAACUGCUGAACACUGAGCUGACUGAGAAGUUAUUUUCUAUGGCCCAUGCUGUGGCACUGGAUCUGGCUGCCAUGAAUGUUCAGAGAGGAAGGGAUCAUGGCAUACCACCAUACAAUGACUACAGGACAUUUUGUAACCUGACCACCGCUCAGACUUUUGAUGACUUGAAGAAUGAAAUCAAAAACCCUGAUGUCAGAGAAAAACUACGAAGGCUAUACGGUACGCCUCUCAACGUUGACUUGUUCCCAGCCCUGAUGGCUGAAGAUCUGGUCCCUGGCAGUAGAUUGGGUCCUACCCUCAUGUGUCUGCUCGCAAUGCAAUUCAAGCGUGUCCGAGAUGGAGACCGGUUCUGGUAUGAAAACCCAGGUGUGUUCACUCCUGCACAGCUGACACAGCUUAAGCAAGCGUCCUUAGCUCGAGUUGUGUGUGACAAUGGAGACAACAUCACUCGGGUCCAGCGGGACGUGUUCGCAGUUUCCGACCUGCCCCACAGAUACGGAAACUGUGAUGAUGUUCCUCAGAUCGACUUGCGAAUGUGGCAGGAUUGCUGUGAAGACUGCAGAACCAAGGGUCAGUUCAAUGCUCUGUCAUACCACUUCAGGGGACGAAGAUCAGCUGAGCACAGCUACAAGGAGGAGGAACAUGACAGCAGCAUUCAGGACACAAGCCCUCUGGAAGAAGCUCAAAACAGUCUUUCAAAUGUCACUUUGAGCUCCAAGUUGAGCAGUGAACCUUCAGUUGGUGACUUCCAGGAGUUUGUCUCAGACAUGCAGAAGACCAUCACAAGCUUAAGGAAACAGAUUAAGAAACUGGAAGCUCGUCUACACAAGUCCACCUGCACAGACGGCGAGGGGCGCGAGCGGACAGAUAGAGAGCGCUGGAGAAAGGACUCGUGCUCGACGUGUGAAUGCAGAGAUGCCCAGGUGACCUGCUUCAUCGAGUCGUGUCCAACUGCGGAGUGCAAACAGCCCAUCAAGCUAAAAGGUGCCUGCUGCCCUGUGUGCCUUCAGGAAGAAGAUGACAACAAGAGGCAAAAAGCUGACACCCACCACAAGUAACUUUCAGGACCCUCCCCAACAACCUCACACCUUGACAAUCUAGUGUCUGAAACCCACAGAAAAUCAGACAAAUCAAGAGAGGAGAUGGGACUGACUCAUAGCCACGGGUGACCUCGACAAACCCAACAGCCUCUCAGUUUGUUUUUUAUCAGGGGAGCAAUUUUUGUUUUUCUCUUGUUUUCAAAUUUGUCUGGCGUUCAGUUUGAAAUUGUUCAGCAAUAAGUCAACACGCACUCCAUGGAUUUACUUCUGUAGCAAUGAAUAGAUUAAUGGAUUAUAUAAACAGGAUGGAGAAAAGCUGUCCUCUGACACUGAGGUGCUGUUUGCUCUCAAUGGGAAAAUGCAGGACCAGCUGCCAUUGACAAGCAGGAA